UUCUCUUUCUUUGCAUCCCCAGCACUUAUCACAGUGCCCAGUAUAGAAUGGACCUUUACAUGGUAUCUGAAAUUGAAGUUGACAGUUUGGUGUAACCUAUGACCCCUUCUUUAAAAAAAGGGGAGGGGAAUUUUGCAUAAACUAGCAUUUAUAAAUUGCUUUAAGGUUCUCAAAAUGUUUUACAGAUAAUUACAUCAUUUUAUCUUCACAACAGCUCUGUUAAGGUAGGUGCUUCUAUUAUAAUCCUCCUUUAACAGAUAAAGAAACUAAAGCUGGAAGCAGUUAAACCAGUUGCUCAGGAUCAGUUAUUAAAUGCCUAAAGCAAAAUUUGAAUUCAGAUUUUCCAGAUGCCAAGACUAGUUCUCUAUCCACUGUACUGUACAUACUAUAUUCAGUUGCCUAUAAAAUACAUGAUUACAAAGAAAGCCAAUUCUUUGAAAUUGUUGUCAAAUAUAUUAAUAUUAAAGUUUUUUUAAUGACACAUUCGUGCACCCCAGAAUAAAAACUCUUGCUCACAUUGCUAAGCUAAUGUGGAAAUGUUUUGCAUGAUUUCACCUGUGUGUAUAUAUAUGUAUACAUAUAUAUUCAGCUAUAUAUAUAUAUAUAUAUCCACAUAUAUAGAUUAGAUAUAAAGGAACUCAAUUUUUUAAAUAAGUGUUAAAAAAAUAAAUAAUGAACUUGUUUUUUAAAAAGGUUCUAGAGCCUUUACAAUGCUUCCAGUCAUCUGUGACUGUCUCAAAGUAAACACACCCAUUAACAAGGCAGCUAGUACACUACUAAUGCUAACUCCCACUCUACAAUUUAAGAGCCGACCCACCCGCUGCCUUCUGCAAUUGACCAGCAGGGGGAGAGGUCCGUUCUGCUUUCUUUGAAGGGCAGAGAGCACGCACGCGCAUCACGCAAAGAGAAAGUGAAUCUCUUGCUGCGUGGCCUCUAACAGCUGCAAAGAAAGAGGGGGGAGGGGUACGUUCUAGGAGCAACGUGCUGAGACGGGAUCUGCGUGGCCGGGGCGGCUGUUGGAGCUACGGUUCUCUUAACGGAGAGCAGGAGCAAUAACCCAGAAAAGCAGGGCCAGGAGACGUCUCUCUAUGGUUUGCAGCAGCCUCUGCAGAAAAGGGGAGCGUGCAGAAGUAGGAGCAGGUGGAUGCCAGCCUUAAAGCGCCCUCUAGGCAGCGGAAGUGUGGCUUUCUUUACAUCCGUCCUCUUGAAUCGCUGAGUUAGGAGGAAGGGGGAGGGGGAGGGGAAGGGAGAGGAAAAGUCACUGCAUAAUGUAAAUAAACACGCGCUCUCACCCCACCACCUCCACCGCCCCCCCUCGCCCCAUCAGCCCUAUGCACCCCGGCCUUUGCAGCCCGCGAGACUCCAAUCCCAGGCCAUGAACGCGAGCGGCGGGGGCGAGGGCUUCCCCGGCUCAGUCCAGUUUCCUGGUGGCACCACUGUCUUAGUGGAGCUAACCCCAGAUAUUCACAUCUGUGGCAUUUGCAAGCAGCAAUUUAAUAACCUGGAUGCCUUUGUAGCCCAUAAGCAAAGUGGUUGUCAGCUGACCAGUGCUACUCCAGGUACUCCCAGCACAGUUCAGUUUGUGUCAGAGGAAACAGUGCCAGCUACCCAGACUCAGACCACCACAAGAACUAUCACUUCAGAGACCCAGACCAUCACAGUUUCAGCUCCAGAAUUUGUUUUUGAACAUGGUUACCAAACCUACCUGCCCACAGACAGUAGUGAUACCCAGACUGCCACAGUCAUCUCAGUUCCUCCCAAGUCACGAUCUCGAAAGCCUGCAACCUCCCCUGCCCAGAAGAAACUUAACUGUUGCUAUCCAGGUUGCCAGUUCAAGACAGCAUAUGGCAUGAAAGAUAUGGAACGUCAUUUAAGAACCCACACAGGAGACAAACCCCACAAGUGUGAAGUCUGUAGCAAGUGCUUCAGCCGGAAAGAUAAACUGAAGAUGCACAUGCGGUCACACACAGGCGUGAAGCCAUACAAGUGUAAGAACUGUGACUAUGCCGCUGCCGACAGCAGUAGCCUGAACAAGCACCAGCGAAUACACUCUAACGAGCGGCCUUUCAAGUGCCAGAUCUGCCCCUAUGCCAGCAGGAACUCCAGCCAGCUGACCGUGCACCUCCGAUCCCACACUGGGGAUGCCCCCUUCCAGUGUCAGAUGUGCAGCGCCAAGUUCAAAAUCAACUCGGACCUGAAAAGACACCUGCGCGUGCACUCAGGGGAGAAACCUUACAAGUGUGAGUUCUGCGAGGUCCGCUGCGCCAUGAAAGGCAAUCUGAAGUCCCACGUGCGAAUCAAGCACAACACGGAGAACACCUUCAAGUGCGCCGAGUGUGACUUCCAGUGCAGCAACAAGACCAGCCUCCGGCACCACACCCGGACGCACCAGCCCGAGCAGCCCGUGAAGUGUACGGAGUGCAGCUACUCCUGCGCCCAUAAAGCCGCCCUCAAGGUCCACGAGCGCAUCCACUGUGAGGAGCGGCCCUUCAAGUGCGACUUCUGCAGCUUCGACACCAAGCAGCGCAGCAACCUGACCACGCACGUGAAGAAGGUGCACAGCGACAAGGUCAAGAGCAAGAAGCCGAGCCUGGAGAAAAAAGGAGGUGGAGGCGGGGCCGGGAGAGGGGACCGGGCCAAAGCCAGCGGCUCCAGUCAGGUAGCCAAGCUUGAUGCUAAGAAGGCUUUUCAGUGUGACGCCUGUGAAGCUUCCUUCGUGAGGGAAGACUCGCUCCGGAGCCACCGGAAACAACACAGUGAAUACAACGGCAAUAAAAGUGCCGAGCUGGCAGUUCUGCAGCUUCAGAUGGAGUCCGGCCGCCCUGUGGGCACCCCUCUCACAGUCAGCCCCCUGCAGGUGCCCCUCCAGCCAAGCCAGAUCCCCCAGUUCAGUGAAGGACGGGUCAAGAUCAUCGUGGGCCAUCAGGUGCCACAGCCGAAUGCCAUCGUCCAGGCGACUUCCGUAAACAUCGUGCCUCCGGCCCUAGGUGGCCAGGGCCAGGAAGACCUCCCGAGUAAUAACCGGCUGCAGAUUCUGCGCCAGGUCAGCUUGAUUGCCCCAUCUCAGCCAGCUGUGUGUCAGAACGAGGCCGGGCCAAUCGGGCAGCCCGGGGCGGUUCUGUUGACCACUCACGAUCAGACAGAAGGGACCGCUUUGCACCAGACUCUGAUUCCUGCGCCUUCCGCCACUAACCACGAAGGCCCAACCAGCCAGACUUUCAUCACCAGCUCCGGCAUCAGCUGUUCAGAUUUGGAAGGCCUCAAUGCCCUGAUUCAGGAAGGGGCAACCGAAGUGACUGUGGUCAGCGAUAGAGGCCAAAAUAUCACCGUAUCCACCACUGCCCCUCCCAUCUUUUCCUCUUCUUCACACCAGGAAUUACCCAAACAGACUUAUUCCAUCAUUCAAGGUGGGGCCCACUCAGCUUUGCUCUGUCCGGCAGAUUCCAUACCGGAUUAACUUUUUUAAAUUUCUCUCUUCAAAAUUCCCUCUUUCACCUGCUUAAAACAUCUCAGUAAAAUACUCUGAGGUUUUCUCAUGAUGAUUUAAGUACUUCCACGUUGGGUCCUUGAAAAAUAAAAAUAAAUUAUAUUGUCAUAUUGAUCAAAAUUUUCACAUGGUAAAAACUUUGCCAUAUAAUAAACACUAUAUGUUAAAUGUUCCAAGACUACUGAUUAGAUGAAGAAAAACAGGUAAAAUGUACUAAGCAAUAGGGAAUGCAAGUAUUUUUUUGGCUCUCUUUUCUUAUAUUUCCAUACCAUGAUAUAGGUGCCUUAUGAAUGACAGACUUGUUCCCAUUAUCACCCUGUAAUACAUUUGGAUUGUUCAACACUCCAGUAAAGAUCCAAGGAACUAACUAUUCCCCCUCAUGUCUCAUGUGGCUUUUUAACACAAAAUUCAGUUAAAAGAAGCAAAAUGUUUAUUUUUCUUAUGGAACUUGAAUUCUAAAAUCUAGCCAGUCCAACCAGGAUUUACUAAUCCCGAUUUAUCUACAUUUAUGAUUUACCAUGUGAUCCUUACAUAUGAAAGGUUAUAUUCAACUAAUUGUUUUCUUACCCUGACAACAUCCUUGGGAACUUCCUUUGCAUUUUUACCCUCUCCCAGCUCUAGCUUGGAACAUGCUGCUCCACCUUAUUCCCAUCUCCACUUUUUGACCCAACUUCAGACCUUCGGCUUUUGGGUAAUUUUGUCUCACCCACAAGGUGAUAUCUACAGAGGGAAGGGAGAAGUUAGUAAAAAUCCAUGAUUUUCUCUCCCGUCAUCUCACAGCAGCAUCUUAGCAGCCUUUUCAAUUCAAAAGUUUCAUCCCAGUUCUACCCUGACCUGCCUAGUUCCUAUAAGGAAAUAUACUUGAGUGCUACUGUACAAAGAUUCAGCAUUAGACUUAGGAGCAGCUGUCUCCUACAGUCUACAUUUUUUAAAAAAGUGAUUUGGGGGAUGGAAAAGAGUUGUAGUUGAGAAAAGGAAGAUUUUUUUUGAUACUUGGGUUUUUGUAUUUUUGUUUUUUAUUCAAUAUAAAUGUUAAAUUGAUUCAAAAGAUUUUGUGUACGAUAGCUAAUUUCAGUUGGUGAUGCCAAGCUAAAACAUUUCACUUCCUUGAAAAUACAAAUUUAAAUGUAAAUAAAUAUUAGAAUUGAAUAAAGUAUUAGACUGUGCCCUUUAAAAAAAAAACCUUUUUAUUGUGAAUUUAAUCUUCAAUAAACACAAGUAUUUCAGGAUACAAAGAACAGAAAGGAGGAUUGUAUUCCAAACUGGACUUCUGGUUAUUUACAGUUUUUCCUUUUUUUUUUUAAUUUAGAAUAUUUUUCCAUGGCUACCUGAUUCAUGAUUCCCUACACACACACCCUAUUUAAAGCUUUAAUUUUUUUCUAUUACAUUUAAUAGGAACAAAACUAUCCAACUGAUCUGUGUCCCCUUCUGAACUUCCUUCUGCUCUCUUCUGUGAAUUUUGUUUCCUUUUUUCUUGCAUCACUAUCACUGUCCACCAAAUUGGUGCCAGCCUACAAAAGAGAAUCAUUACAUAUCUGCAUAUCUGUUGUACCCCCCUCACUUCCCAAUAGAAUGUAAACUCCAUCAGGACCAGAAAAAGAUGGCUUGAUUUUGUUGUCUUUAGAUUCCAAGAAUGUAAUACAGUGCCUUACAUGUGGUAGGCACUUAAUAAAAGUUUGUGGAAUAUUG